AUGUGGAAUGUGCGAACUCUGCUGGACAACACCAAGGCACACAGACCUGAAAGAAGAACUGCACUAGUCGCCAAAGAACUAUCUCGCUACAACGUCGACAUAGCAACCCUCAGCGAAACAUGCUUUGCAGAUAAAGGCCAACUCACAGAGCAUGGUGGCGGGCAUGCCUUCUUCUGGAGAGGACACAGCACCACCGAACGGCGAGAGGCAGGCAUUGGAUUCGCCAUCAGAUCCCACCUCGCCCGGAAACUAGCGAAACUCCCAGAGAGUAUCAACGAUCGUCUGAUGUCACUUCAGCUCCCACUUGAAAACAAGAAAAGUAUGACGCUGAUCAGUGCCUACUCUCCAACAAUGACCAACCCAGAGAACAUCAAAGACAAGUUCUAUGAAGAACUAGACGCCCUCAUUGCAGCAAUCCCACAGUUAGAGAAGCUCUUCAUCCUCGGGGACUUCAAUGCCAGAGUGGGGACAGAUCACCAAACCUUGGAAGGGAUCAUUGGAAGACACGGCAACGGCAAAUGCAACAGCAACGGCCUUCUGCUCCUCAAGUUGUGUGAAACCCAUGACCUCACCCUCACCAACACACUGUUCCCACGCUCCAGGCAUUGGCAUCUAUUUGACUAUGUUAUCACCAGGAAAAGGGACGUACAGGACGUGAGAGAGACAAGGGCCAUGUGCGGUGCUGACUGCUGGACUGAUCAUCGACUCAUAGUGUCCAAGUGCAAACUUUGCAUCCUGCCAAAGAGAAGACCCCAAGGCCAGAAGAGUGCAAACAGACUCAAUGUUUCCAAGCUGAAAAACAGCAACAUUGCACAGGAAUUUGCCAGGGAUCUUGACGACAGGCUGCCAGACACACCCCAGGAUGAACAGGACAGCACCGAGGAACAGUGGACAGCAUUUAGAGAAGUGGUGUACUCCGCAGCCCUUGAACACCUCGGACCAGCGACCCGCAAACACCAGGACUGGUUCGAUGAGAACGAUGUGGAGAUACAGGCACUCCUGUCAGAGAAACACCAGCUGUUCAGAGCGCAUCAAAAUGACCCCCCAUCACGAGCGAAGAAAGACACCUUUGCCUGCACAAAAAGCAAGGUACAUUCCUUCCCCCUCCUCACUGCAGACGGGACGCAGCUGCCGACAGGGAAGAAGCAGAUCUUUGACAGGUGGGCUGAACACUUCAACCAGGUCCUGAACCGCCCUGCCACAAUCAACAACAAAGCCAUCGCCCGCCUACCUCAAGUGGAGAUCAACAGGGAUCUCGACAAUCCCCCCACAGAAGAAAUCAGCAAGGCUGUCAAGCAACUUUCCUGUGGCAAAGCACCAGGAUCAGAUGCAAUUCCUGAAGAGCUGAAAGACGCCACCAUGGUCCACAUCUACAAGAGGAAAGGCAACCGCCUUCGAUACAGUCAGCAGGGAUGGCUCAUGGAAGAUAAUGGAGAAGUUGGGCUGCCCAAGCAAGUUCAUCACGAUCGUCCGACAGUUCCUUGA